ACCUCUAGUUUCCUUGCUCUAAUCUUUAUACUCCCGGUUUCUAGUCGUCAUGCGAGCGAGAAAGAAUGAACGUAUUUUCUUUAUCAUUGACAACCUGACGAACUUCCUUUAUCCACGUGGGCGACCGCAGUAAAAGCUGCGUGACAACAGCCGAGGAUUUCUUCUAAGUGAAUCAAUCCGGAUGGGUUUCAACGACAGCGUGUAACAGUAUCGCUUUCACGCUGUAUAAUUUUAGGUUAUGCUCGACGCGAUACUUUCUUAUGCUAUCUUAUGUUGAAACCAAGGAAAGCAAAAGUUAUGGUAACGAUGAUAUCGUGAGUGGGACGCUUUUCAUUUUUGGACGAUUAACGUAUGCAGUAAUGUGAUGAUUUGUUAACAAUCUAUGCUUAAGCUUUUAACAGGGUGAAUUUUUUACUUUAGGAAUAUGACACGUUCACACGUAAAAUACCAAAUUGCUAGAAAUGAUGUCGAUGUAACCGAGUACUUGCCACAAAAUGUUCCAGAUUUUCAAAAUAUAACAAAGCCAGAGUCUACAUUUGGCAGAAAAGCAUUAUAUAUAUUUUUAUUAAUCUCCGCUUACUUUAUUUUGUCGAUAGGCCUUACAUUUUAUAAUCCAUGGCUUUACAACGUAUAUGGAUUUAAUUUUCCACUUGGCGUAGUAGUUUGCCACUUGGUCAUAAAGUUCGCACUGUCCGCAUUAAUAAGGUGCAUCAGAAGAUGUUACAAUGGUAAACGAAUAAAUCUUCCAUGGCAGAAUAUUAUUUGCUCAUUAAUGGUACCUGGCAUAGCCAGUGGUGUCGAUAUUGGUUUGUCAAAUUGGGCUCUUUCAUUGAUCUCGAUAUCUUUAGUUACCAUGACUAAAUCAACCACCAUUAUAUUUAUUCUUGGAUUUUCUCUUCUGUUCAAAUUAGAAAAAAAGUCAUGGUCUCUAGUAGGGAUAGUGGUGAUGAUAGCAGGAGGAUUAGCAAUGUUCACUUAUAAAUCUACCCAAUUUGGCAUUGUUGGCUUUAUAUUGUGUCUUUUGGCAUCGUUUGCAAGUGGUAUUCGAUGGACUAUGACACAACUCAUUAUGCAAAGAUCCAAACUUGGCCUCCACGAUCCGAUAGACAUGAUGUAUUAUAUGCAGCCCUGGAUGCUAUUACCCGCGAUAUCAGUAACUUUAUGGUUUGAAGGUAGCAGAAUAUAUGAUGGUAUUAGAAUCACUGAUUGGGCCAAUAUUGGUAGCAUUUUAUUAACUGCAGGUGCUAUAGUAGCAGGUGCCAUUUUAGCAUUUAGUAUGGAAGUGAUGGAAUUUUUAGUUGUUACUUAUACCUCUAGUCUGACAUUGUCAAUCUCGGGAAUAUUUAAGGAAAUAUGUACAUUAGCGCUCGCCUUUGUGUUGAAAGGUGAUCAAAUGACUAGCCUUAACUUCAUAGGAUUAUUAAUGUGCCUUGGUGGUAUAAUACUUCACGUUAUCCAGAAGGUAUUACUUAAUAGAAAGAAAGUAGUUGAUAAUAUGGAAAUGCAAUCAAAAGUGGCAAGCAGUGGUACUAAACAUGAAGAGGGAACUGAUUCGAAUGUGCCAUUAUUGACAGAAAAGUCAACAUCUUUAAUGAAUCUUCUUAAUGCUGAAUUUAGUUCAGAUGAGGAUGGUAAUUUGAGGGAGAGUGAUAACUCGACCCAAAUACUAUCAGAUAUUUUACAACGCAGAGAACAGUGAUACGUCGUGAAUUUUUAGACCUAAUAUGAGGAAUAUUUUUUUACUAAGGAGAACAUUCCAACAAUGUAUAUUUAUGGCUUGCGUAUAUUUAUAGCAGUUUAUAUUUUUCCAGUUUACAGUGAAUAAUGAAGUUGCUGACAACAUAAAUUUUACAUCACAAAUUUGUUAACAAUUAACGUUAAAAAACAUGUGGUGAUCUUGGAUAUCUUUUUUAAGUAUCUUUUAAAUUCUCCUAUAGGUAGGUUCCGUCUUACAAUGGUCCAUUUAACGAUUUUUCACAUUCACAACUUUUUCAAAAACACUUAAGUAAUUACCGUAAGUAUAAAUAAACAUGUAUUUGAAAAACAAUUUCUUAUUUUAAAAAAGCAUUAUUAGUACAUACUUGGGCAAAUGAUGUUAAGUUUAGAAUUUCUAUUAUUUAUUCAUAUAUUAUAAAUUUGUUUUGUUUCACAACUUCAUUUUACGAUUUUGUUUCACUGGAAUCUUACCUGACCUGAGGUCGUUAAACGGAUCCUAUGUUUAUAUGAUGUGAAGUAUUUAAUGCAUCACAAAAAAAGUUAAUUAACCAUAUAAAUAUAUGUUUGUGUGCUGUGAAAUGUUAAAUAUAAGAUUACCCGAUGCAUUUCUAUAUAUUAUCGCAUAAGGAUAAGAUAAAAAUAUCUUAAAAAAUUGCGAAGUACAAACAUGAAAGUGUGAAAUGGACUUUGUUAUAUUUUUUGAUAUUAGUAGAAAAAUGUCGCUACGUAUGAAGACUUAUAAAUUAUUAUUAUUAAUGUUAUUUUAAGUAUUAUAAACAAGAGCUUUACUAUGCAAUAUUUUAACUCAUUUAAAUUAUUGUGUGCAUUAUGUGUGCGUAUGCAUGUGUAUGAAUAUAUGUACAGAAGAUAGUGCUGCGAGGUCAACAAACUUCAAGAAACGAUAGAUCUCACAGAAAGGACCAUAUGUAUUUAUAUACACACAUACAGAGUUGGAAGUUACUUUAUAAAAGUAUGUAGUUCUAGUU